CAUAGUAGCACUAAAACCCCACUGACUGUGUCGCGCUGCUGCAGACAUCACCUUUAUGUUUGGGACGCACUUAAGCUGGAUUACAUACCGGUGGUUUCGAACAGCUUCUGUAGCCUCUAACUGACCUUUUUUAUUUAAUAAUUAAUAUUAUGCGAGUUUUUACUUGAGCUUACAAGAAAGUCGUCUCCUUUUUUGUAUUUAUUUGGCGAGAAAGAACUGUUUCAUUACACGGCACGACUUCAAUGCCACCUUCAACAACCAUGAACAAAAGCGGAAUGGUUACAAAAAUCAACACCAGGAUAAGGACUGACCCGUUCGCUGGCAGCUACGAGCUGGUGGGCAAAGAACUGGGCAGGGGAAAGUUUGCAGUUGUGAAGAAGUGCAUUGAGAAGGCGACAGGGAAGCAGUAUGCUGCCAAGUUCCUGCGAAAGCGACGGAAGGGCCAAGACUGCCGCAUGGACAUCUUAAAUGAGAUUGCUGUGCUGGAGCUGGCCAAGGCAAACCCCUUUGUGGUGACGCUGCAUGAAGUCUAUGAAACCAGCACUGAGAUCAUUCUCGUUCUUGAGUGUGCCGCCGGUGGCGAAAUCUUCAACCAGUGUGUUGCGGACAACGACGAAGCCUUUACAGAGAAAGAUGUGAUACGACUGGCCAGGCAGAUCCUGAAUGGGGUGGCCUUUCUGCAUCGGAAUAAUGUGGUGCAUCUGGAUCUGAAGCCUCAGAACGUCUUGCUGACCAGUGCCACACCUCUAGGGGACAUUCGUAUUGUGGACUUUGGCUUGUCUAGACGAAUGGACAACAUCACAGAAGUCAGGGAGAUCCUGGGUACCCCAGAGUAUGUGGCCCCAGAGAUCCUGAACUAUGAACCCAUUAGCACUUCUACAGAUAUGUGGAGUAUUGGGGUUCUGACUUAUGUCAUGCUCACGGGCGAGUCUCCUUUUCUGGGUGCUGACAAACAGGAGACAUUCCUCAACAUCUCUCAAGUCAACAUAGACUAUUCACCGGAUACAUUCGAGGGCAUCUCCUCGCUGGCUGUUGACUUCAUCAAAUCUUUGUUGGUUAAAAACCCAAGGAAGAGGGCCACAGCAGAGGAAUGUCUCAAUCACCCCUGGCUGAACUCCUGUCCUCACUCCCACCCACACCUCCACAACAGGUCGCCGUCCUCUUUGGAUGAGCCGGAGACGAGUCAGUCCGAAUCGGAACCAGAGAGUCCAGCUCCGUCCCCUGAGCUAGACGUGAUUGGAUCAUUUCUCAGGUGCCCAGGCCAAGGUGAGCUGAAGGCGGGCCGUGGCGCCUUCUCUUUCAGUGAGCCCCCUUUCUGCACAAGACCCGAAAUCCAGCAGGAGCUCAUUUGCUGACUGAUGUUUCACAGUUGGAAAGGGACUCAGUAAAUUGAAACUCCAUGGAGCAGAACCUGAAAACCUUUAAGCCUUGAGGUGCUUGGUUUUGAUCGGAACCAGGACCGUGUUUGAGUGGCUGCAGUUUGCCCGCCUGCUCCUACUGCUGCGACGUCUGUGAGCUUGAUACCUCUGCCUGCGCCUGUGUGUGUCACUGUGUAUAUGUUAAAUAAUACACGCUACUCAGUGCUAGUUAGAAUGAUUGUACAGGAGGAAUAUGACAGGGCUUGAAGAUGCAGGACAAAGGAGUGGGAGAAAACAAGGACUUUGUUGAGGACUGCACUGCUGCCUUAUGUGAUAAAUCUGAACUUGGCUCAGCUGAACACUGGCUAGUUCACCCCUGCACACAUACUGCUUUAUCCCCAAUUAGCCUUCGGACGGGGUUUCAGAGGAGAGAUGGCCUCCCACUUCUUUGGAUGACUUCACUCAGUGUGUGCUCUCAUCUAAACAAGUUACGUUUCAGUGACCCAGACAGACCUUCUGUGACGAGUUGAAGAAAGUAAAGCAUUCUGACAGGUGGAUCUACUUAAGAAAAAAGAAUGGAAAGCAAUGAGCAGCGCCCUAUGCGAAAGCCAGACGUUAACUGUAUUGUUUAUUAAUGUGUCUUGUACCAUUUUAGCCCCUCAAACGGUCAAAGCCACAUCGAUGCCUGAGGUUAAGAUGGAUAUGGUAGCAUUGUUAUUAUUGAGGACAAUCAUGAGCACUUUUAUUUUGUUAUUGGACUUUUGUGUAAAACCAAAGGCUCAUCAAGCACAGUUAGGUGUCACACGAUGUACUGUACAUAUUAACCAGUCUGCAACACCCUCUGUUUUUGUCACGUGACCUGUUUUUUUUCCUUUUUCAUUAAGUGCCACUCUUUUAACCUCACUUCUGUUAAUGUUACAGUUGAAAUUUUUACUUUUUUUUUUUUUUUUUUUUUUUU